ACACGUUCGCCUGGUGAGUUUUCCGCAAAUUCCUCAUCGUCGUCGUCGUCGUCGACAUCACACAGUUGGUUUGGUGCUCGAUUGUCGAUGUAAUACGAGUAUUUUCUGUCUCGACGAAGCGACGAUGGUCAUAGUGAAUAAAUACUCGUAAUUUAUCUCGUCCAGCUAAAUGUAACGAAAUUUUUGAGUUUUUGAAAGCCCACAUUUUGGUGUAUGCUGAAGACGAAAGAGAGGAGAAGAAAAAAAAGAUCCUGAAUUAUGUUCAUCGGAGCAAAGGACAUGCGUCAAUAUUUUAACAUUGUACGCGAAUUUUUUGAUUUAUCCGCCGCUGAGCUUCGUUUUAGACGAAUUUAUACUUAAAUGAAACGGUGUUGUGUUCGCUUUCGUCGUGAAAAUGGUAUAAUGACGCGUCCCGGAAUACGUAAUUAUUUUCGCGCGUCGUGCUUUUUCACAUCUACCGUCUUCUUUUUGUACACGAUUGGCAGCCAUGCUGAAAACGCCGAAUACAGACUGACUAAACAUCUACUAUCCGAGUACAUACCGUCCGUUAGGCCAUCGGUCAAUUAUUCCGAAUCGCUCAAAGUUAUCUUCGGAGUUUCUUUGCAUCAUAUUAUAGACGUGGACGAAAAGAAUCAAAUACUCACUACCAAUUGUUGGCUCACUCAGGUAUGGACAGAUCAUCAGCUCAAAUGGAACACGUCGGAGUUCGCCGGUAUCAAAGUCAUAAGAAUACCGUACGAUAAAGUAUGGCGACCUGAUACUAUUUUAUACAAUAAUGCUGAUGCUCAAUAUACGUCCUCAGUCAUCAACACCAAUGUAAUCGUGUCUCAUACCGGCGAAGUGGUAUGGCUAAGUCAUGGAAUUUAUCGCAGUUCGUGCGACAUCGAUGUGCAAUAUUUUCCUUUCGAUGUGCAGAGCUGCACACUGAAAUGGGCCUCGUGGACUUACGAUGGAUAUCAGCUAGAUCUGAUCAAACAAACCGAAAAAGGCGACGUAAGCAAUUACAAAGCGAACGGCGAAUUCGAUCUGAUGGGUUUCGAUAUCGAGAAACACAUCGUAAAUUAUUCGUGUUGCUCGGAACCGUAUCCGGAUAUCACUUACAUCAUUCGUAUACGAAGAAGACCUAUGUUCUAUGUGUUUAAUUUAAUCCUGCCUUGCAUACUCAUCAAUUGUAUAGCUUUGUUGGUUUUCUACGUACCAUCCGAGUCGGGAGAAAAAGUAACCUUAGGAAUUAGCGCUCUUUUAUCGAUGACUGUUUUCUUAAUGACGAUUCGGGAGACGCUACCGCCCACCGAGAAAACUCCAUUAAUAAGUAUGUACUACGGUGUUAGCAUCUGUCUGGUGACAUUCGCCUCGGGCCUAUCUGUAGUCACGUUGAACAUUUACCAUCGCGGAGUCCGAGGAACCAAAGUGCCAAAUUAUUUGAAAACCAUAGUGCUCGAUAAGCUGGCCAAAGUUCUCCACUUGCAACUAUGUAGUCGAGAAGAUUCCAACCAAUUUCAGGACUUGAUGGAACAGCAUUUCAACCACACUAAACAACAUUAUCAAGAUCGUGCAACAAGUACUCACGAAUGGUAUACCGUUGAUGACGACAGUAAUAUUCAUCAAACUCAUGCCAACAUGGCAGGGGUACCCAGUCAAGAGUUUGCAAAUUCUCCGCUUCCUUCUACUUCAAAGUUUCCAGACGAGAAUACGUAUUUUUAUGCUUUACACCAAGUAACACAAAGUAUUCAAAGGAACGAGCAAAGGUUAACGGAGCACGAAAAGAGAGAGAUAACCGAACACGAAUGGAAACAAGUAUCGUUGGUUUGCGAUCGGUUCCUUUUAUACGUUUUUUUAAUCACGACUGCCGUUACAACCGGUGUUAUUUUAUCCGGUUCACCGUAUGGACCGUUUUAGUAUUUAAGGUUACUCUUUUCUUUUUCUUUUUCUUUUUCGUUCGAACUACCAUUAAGACGUAUUUUAAACAUCGAGCUAUAUUGUUGAAUAAUAUGUUUCUCUCGGUUUCAAUUAUUCUUUUAAAAAAAUAGCAUUUUUUGUGAUUUAUGUUUAAAACUUGUAUAGGCUAUGUAUAUUUUAUUAUUCUAUUAUUUUUUAAGUUCAUCGUACUUACUUGUAUUUUAAUGAGUUGAAUAGAUAGGUAUAGUUAUUCACGAGUGAUCUGAAAUUGUGACGUAACCCAGAAGUAAAUCUAUAGACUAAGAACUUACCCUAUUUAUAUGGACACGUUUGGAACUAUAAUGCCACUAUUUGACCAAAGUGAUACUGACAAGGGAACCUUUUGAGAUGUCCGCCUCCGAUUUGAACGGGACUGGGAUUUUUGGAAAGAGCAUAGUCUAAAACCCCCAAAACCAAAUUUUCAGCAUCCCAAGUUCAUUUUUCGAUUUUUGGCGAAUUUUUGAAAACCCAAAAUUGACUGUUUUGGUGAUUUAUGCUUUUUUUAAAAAAAGUACGUACUUGAUCAGUAAAAAUGUUCAAAAUAAGUCCUAAAACUGAUAUUAACCCCUCAAAUCCAAAUUUUCGCCAUUUCCAGCCAUUCUGGAGCCUCCAGCGCAAUUUUUCAAUUUCUCCAGAAUUUUGAAUUUGCUCCAGAAGGCG